UUCAGAAGCAGUAACCCAGACAGACAAUUCUCUUCAAAAUAACGACACAAGCAUUGAGGAAGAAGGAUCGCAAAAUAAAACAGGCCAGGAAUGUACCAUGUCAACUGACAGUGUCCUCAAAAAUAGUGGAUUUUGUAAUGAAACGUACGCUGUUUCUAAUCGUUCGAUAGAGAAGACGGAAUGCGCAGCGGAUGGAUUAAACGAUCAUAAUAAAAAGCUCGGAAACGAAACAACCGGCGUUGCAGUCCAAGAAAUUCCAGGAUUUUAUAACGAGUUAUAUGCUUAUUGGGGCAAACCUUCAACAACAACUGACCAUACGAAGAAGAAAGAUUACAUCAGAAAGGAACAGAGUUAUAAAACAAGGCAAAUUAAAAAAGAAUUGGAAGACUGUACGUACGGUGUGGUCAACAAAAACACACGCAAGCACAGAGAUCAUGCUUCAAAAGACUCCGUUAGUUCACAUGCGGAUAUAAUCGAACAGAAAAAUGGCGGUCUUUACAGCAUGGCCAGGGAACCGAAUGAAAAAGAUUCAGCCGUUUGAAAGUGCUGUUAAUGCAUACUAUUAUACCAUGUGCAACGGAGGACGUUAGAAGAAAAAGCCUUUGAACCAUAUGUGUGACUACUUGAAAGACUGAUUUUCUACUCUGAUGGCGCAAAGAUAACAUAAUUUAAUGAAGUUAAAAGUAUGCAGUGAGCCUGAAGUGUCUGCUUAUUGCUAAGUAUAUGUCAUAAUCUAAAAUUAUAUAAAAACAACUAAGCAGCCUAUAAAUUCCUUUUUUGAUACUAUUGUGAGUAUUCAUUUGUUUUGAAAGUGUAUUUAUUUUGUUUUGCUUUUAUAUAUUAUGAAUGUGUACGUGUUCGUGUCAACUUAAAAGUGGUGUUCACGAGUGUUUUACUGUAUGUUCAUUUCAAAAGCUGCAUUUAGCAUAUGACUUCUUUACAAUUUUUAAUACAAGUUAUUUGUCUGCGUGUGAAUUGUUUCAAGUGUUUUGAACUAAGCACUUACAAAAAUCUUACUUAAAAGUGUACUUAGAUGAUUUUAUCAUGGCUUAAUUUUAUUUUGGUCUUUCA